AUGGAUGCAACUUUUGUUUUGGAACUCAUGCUUAGGCAUCACUUUUCUGGAUACAUAGAUAAUUGUGAUCAGAUAUUUCACAAGCCGAGGAUGAUUGAAGACGUUUACCACGACAUCUUGUUGAUAGAAAAUCAACUUCCUUUCUUCGUGCUCGAGGGUUUGUAUUUGUACAAGCAACUUGGUAUGAGUAGUCUCUCUCUAGGAGAUCAUCAUCUUUCUUUCACCGAGCUAACUCAUGACUUCUUCAAGCAUUUCAUGAAAAUUGAUAAGUUUCCCGCCCAUGUUGUCUCUGCUAAUCAUGAUCAAGUGAAUCAUUUUGUUGAUUUUAUACGACGCUACUAUUUGGCGCCGCCACCGCCUAAAGAGGAUGAGCAAAAACAUAACGCUAAGGAUCAUGAAAUUCCACCAAGCGUGACGGCACUCGAUGAGGCCGGAGUUAAGUUUGAGACAACUAAAGGCAGUGCCUCCUUGCUUAACAUAAAAUUCAACAAUGGUCGUCUCAAAAUUCCAAAUUUCGUAGUAGACGACUGGACAGAAACUCUCUUCAGGAACCUGAUCGCUUUCGAGCAGUGCCACGACACGGAGAAGUACAUUUCCCAAUUUAUGUUCCUCAUGAUGUGCAUGAUCAGGACUUCAAAGGACGCAGAUUUACUCAUGAAAUAUGGAGUCAUAUCUAGCAUGCUAGGGAGUAGCGAAGACCUCUCGAUUCUGUUUAACCAUAUCAGCAGAGACGUUGGCUUCGAAAAGCCUUUUUAUUACUUUCAGAUUUGUGCAAAUCUAAAUGCAUAUUGCAAGACCCCUCGGCACCUGUGGAAGGCAACUCUGAAGCGAGACUAUUUCAACACUCCAUUGAAGAUUGCUUCUACCAUUGCUGCAAUUAUACUCAUUGUACUCACCGUCACACAAACAAUAUGCUCUAUUUUAUCCGUCCUUGAGACCUAAACGCAGGGGCGGAGCCACACUGGGACCAG